AUGACAUCCCAUAUUCAGCCGCCUGUUCCUUCAUCGAGAAGAUUUGCUUGCGAGACGAGGGUGGUCUCCGGACUCGGCUGCAUCAGUACCCUUGCCAACGAGAUCAAGUUCAACAAGAUCACAAAGCCAGCACUGGUCGUCGAUGCAGGUAUAGCGAACGCCGGCCUACUGGAACAAUGGCUCACCCAGCACGUCUCAAGCAUCACCCCUUGUAUAUCCUGCCCGGUGAACCCCAACCUUGAUCAAGUCCAACAAGGAGUGAACGAAGCCAAGUCUGACAGCUGCGACGGCGUCGUCAUCAUCGGCGGCGGAUCAGCCAUAUGCAUGGGCAAAGCCAUCGCCAUCUGCCUGGCCAACCCUGGCCACAUCCUCGACUAUGAAGGCAACGAACGCCUCAAAGCGUCACCGGCUCCCACCAUCUGCGUCCCAACAACAGCAGGAUCCGGUUCCGAAGUUUCGAGGGUGCUGGUCCUCCACGAACGGGGUCGACGACAAGAGAUCAUUGUUCGAGCAAUGGGAAGCGAGCCAAGGGUAGCGUUACUGGACGGCAACCUACUCAAAUCUGCCCCAAGACAGCCACUUCUCGACGCCGGUCUGGACGCCGUCACACACGCCUGCGAGUCGCUCUGGUCCCGCAACCGAUCCAUCAUCACCGACGCUCUGGCUGAGAAAGCUUUGGAAACAUUCCUCGAUCGCUUUCCAACUGCACUCAACUACCGCGAUCCGAAGGCGCUGCAAGACAUCAUCGAAGCCAGCUGCGCAGCGAAUUUAGCCUGCGGCAAUACCGGUCUCGCUCUCUGCCACGCCAUGAAUACAGCUCCUGACGUGCCGCUGGCGCAUGGGUAUGUGAACGGGUGUACUCUCCCCGCUGUCGCGGCGUUCAAUCGACCACAUAUGGACGAGCGACAUCAAAAGUUAAUCGAUCGUCUUCCAAAACUGUACAGGGAGCUCAAUUGUUCGGGCAGCUUUGCUGAUGGAGAGUGUGAUGAGAACAAUACUGAAUUGUUUGUUGAUGGGAGCCGGGACCAUCCGUUCAGGCACAACAAUAUCCGGGAGACUACUGAUGCGGAGUGCUACGAGUUGCUACGGCAGUCUGGGGCAGUUGUUGCGGCCGCUAGCUAA